AUGUCUUCGAGAACCGCAAAAAUCCUAAACCUUGCCAAACUAAAAUAUAAUGAAGACCAAAGUCUGGAAUCCUUUAGUGAUAUAGAAUCCGACAACAUUGAGAUAGUGAGCAAUGUAGAAGAGAUUAAUCUGUCUGGUAAUUUUUUGUUAAAUGAAGCACUUACACCAAAAAAUAUUGCGGAUAUGAUCGAAAACGCUGAAAUAGUUUUUGCCGUUGAUGAUGAGCAAAAUACUAAUGAAAAAACUAAUUAUGAAAACAAUGAUAAUUCGCAAUUUGAAGCUCAUCAAGUAUUGGGAAAUUCCAGUGUUAAGCUUGUGGAGAAAGGGUCGAGUUUUAUAGAGGCAGAAGAAAUCAAUGAUCAAGAAAAUGUUGAUCAGGAUUAUGUGCCACCUGAAAUAGAUGACAGUUCGGAAUCUUCUAGCGAUAAUGAUGAAGAGUCUUCAAUGGACAGGGUUCAAGAACAGGAAAAUAACGAUGCUCACAUACGUCAAGACAUGGCAGAUAACAACGAGGAGAAGUUACAAGAAAUUACAAAUAAUCCUGGUAAAAAAAAGAAAACAAAAGGCGUAAGAAAACGAGAAAUCAACCAAAAGCUUCGACUUACUGGAAAAAAAUUUCUGGGAUUUAGAAAGCCGGCGGGUCAAAAAAACUCUUUCCAUGAUACAGAGCGAAAUGAGAGAAUUAUGGGAAUACGUUGCAAAUGCAUAGAUAAAUCGACUAAAAGUGAACAAAAGCGUAGGUGCUACUUGAUAACGGAACAAAAAAGAAAGGCGAUUUUUGAAAAAUUUUGGUCAGAAAUGUCUUGGGACCAAAGAAAGGUGUUUGUGGCCCAAUCUGUGGUGAAUGUUCCAACAGAAAGACCAAAAAAAUCCGAUGCCGAUGAUAAAUCUAGACGUAGCACCACGCUGAAAUAUUCUCUUACAAUUGGCAACAACAAAAUACCAGUUUGUAAACAAAUGUUUCUACAUACUACUGGCUUAAAAGAAUGGUCUGUAAGGAACUGGAGCCAACAAAGCACUUAUGGAAUGACAGAUAGUAAUUCUGUACUUAUGUCCAAGAGAAGAACAACAAAUUAUCACGAAGAAGACACCACUUUUUUGAAGGAAUUCUUAGAAUCUCUGAAUAAGCUUCCUUCGCACUAUACCAGAAAAGACACAGAUCGUCUCUAUUUGGAGCAACAGUUUCAGUCAUUUGCAGAAUUACAUCGAGAGUACUCAAGAAAAUGCAAAGAAAUCAACAAAAUACCUCAAUCAAUCACGUCCCUUCAAAAAGCAGCUGAUAAUAUGAAGAUAUCCUUAUUUCACCCACGAAAAGAUAUGUGCGAUACUUGCUUUAAAUAUAAAAAUCAAAAUCUAACCGAAGAAGAAUAUCAAGUUCACAUUUCCAAAAAGAACGCCGCUAGGAAUGAAAAAGAGCGUGAUAAGAAUAAUUCAAUUGAAGGAAAUUGUAAUGUUAUAACUAUGGAUGUUCAAGCUGUAAAGCUGGCUCCAUGUUUAGCUGCAAGUGCAUUGUAUUACAGAACAAAACUGUGUAAUCAUAAUUCUACAAUUUACAAUUUGAAAAACCAAAAAGCUACCUGUUAUUGGUUUGAUGAGACAAAUGCGGAUGGUCAAGCAGCGACGUAUGCCUCAUUUCUAGUAGACUACUUAGAAAAUAGUUUUUUACAACCAGGAAUUAAACUUCCUAUCAUUAUAUACUCAGAUGGCUGUACAGCUCAAAACAGAAAUUCCAUUAUGUCUAAAGCUUUGCUCCACCUCUCUGAGAAAUAG